AAAUUAAUAUAAAUACUAAUAAUAAUACUUGCAAAAGUGAUAUAGUGAAUUUACCUAGUUUCUAAAUUUGAUGCUAAGGCUCCACCCGGGUCUCAAGCACGCGAUCGAUCGACUGGAGGCGGCACAAGCUCCAUUCCAACGAGAUCUCUGUGCCAAUCUUCUCCGGGAAUGCUGCCGGCUGCGAGCGCUCAACGAAGGCCGGCGUCUCCACGCGCUAAUUGCCAGGGCCGGCCAGACCCAAGACAAUCUCCUGGUGAAUUCCCUCAUCCAGCUCUAUGGUUACCAUGGAUGUCUCCACGAGUCACAAUCCCUCUUCCAGAGCCUGCGCAAUCGCAACGUCUUCUCCUGGAACAUGAUCAUCUCGGCCUACAUCCACAGCGGCCAUCUGUACGAAUCACAGAAACUCUUCCACUCGAUGGGAGAGAGGAACGUUUUCAGCUGGAAUCUACUAAUCAGUGCGUUUAUACGCGGCGGGGAUACCACCACCGCCGAGAAACUCUUCAACAAAAUGCCACAGCGCAGCGUAGUCUCUUGUAAUAUAAUUCUCGCAGCAUAUGCCUGGUCUGGGCAUUUUUUCCACAUUCACGAACUGUUUCUUGCUAUGCCCGAGAGGAGCAUAGUGUCGUGGAACACCAUUCUCGAUAUACACAUUACCAUCGGAGAAGUGGCCACCGCCAAGCUUGUGUUUGAGAGGCUCCCCAGUUGGGACGUGGUGUCGUGCACCACCAUGCUCGCGGGAUUUGCCCAAACCGGGGACUUGGGCACCGCUUGGGCCCUCUUCAAGCGGAUCCCCGAGCCCAAUGUGGUGUCAUGGAACGCGCUACUCGAAGCCCACGCAGCCAGCGGCGACCUCUGUGGCGCACGGCGGAUAUUCGACGUGAUGCCCGUGCGCUCGAUCGUGUCGUGGAACGAGAUCCUCCAGCCAAGCGCGGUGUUGGGCGGGGAUCUUGGCUUGGUGCGCGAGAUCUUCGGCAGGAUCCCGCAGCACAGCAUCGUCUCCUGGAACAUCUUCCUCCACGCCUGCGCUGCGAAUUGCCGCUGCCAGUCCGAGUACGAGGAGUUCAAGACAAUUGCCGCAGCGGUGCCGGAGGAGGACGUGGUCACGAGCACGCUGGCGAUUGCGGCGGCUGCAAAAGCAUGGAAUCUGGAAGAUGCCGAGGGUAUAUUUCACUCCAUGACAUCGCCCAAGAAUCUCGUCUGCUGGAACUGCAUGCUCCAGGUAUAUGCCGAAACCAGGCAUUUGCAGGAAUCAGAAGAGUUAUUUGACAAGAUGCCGGGACACGACACGUUUUCAUGGAACACGAUGGUGACGGUGUACGCGGAACAAAAGAAUAUACACUCUGCGCAACGGAUAUUCUCCUCUAUGCCGCAACGCAGCCAUGUCUCCUGGAACGCUCUGGCUUUCGCGAAUGCCCAAGCGGGGCAUUUGGAGGAAUCGCGGCGGAUAUUCGACCUCACCCCCAUGACGAACCUCUGCUCGUGGAAUGGGAUGAUGACCGGAUACAUUGCGAGCCUCGACCUAGAUUCCGCGCGCGCGAUCUUCGAUGCCUCGCCGGAUCGCCCGCUCUGCCUGUGGGCGGCGAUGAUCCUGGCCUACGCCCAGGACGGCCGAUCCAAGCACGCGAUCCAGCUCUUCCGUCUGAUGGAUCUCGAGGGGACGGAGCCGGAUCCGGAAACCCUAGCGGCGAUCCUCGACGCGUGCGCGGUGGUCUCGGAUCUCCAGGUCGGGAAGAUCGUGGUGGAGUACCUGGGCGGCGGCGGCGGCGGCGGCGUGGAUCUCGUGCUGGGCGGCGCGGUCGUCAACAUGUAUGCCAAAUGCGGCUGCGUGGGCGACGCCGAGAGGAGCUUCCUCGCCAUGCCCGCGAGGAAUUUGAUCGCGUGGAACACGAUGAUCGCGGCCUAUGCGCACAGCGGGCGCAUCGCGAGCUGCCUGGCGUCCUUCCAAUCCAUGCUGCUCGAUGGGAUCGAUCCCGACGGGGUGAGCUUCCUCACGAUCCUCAGCGCUUGCAGCCACGCCGGGGCGCUCCAGUCGGCGAUCGAGAUCUUCCUCUCGUCCGCCCAGGACCACGGCCUCUCGCCCACGGCGUGGCACUACUGCUGCGUGAUUGAUCUCCUGGGCAGGGCGGGCAAGCUGGGCGACGCGGAGGAUCUCAUCCGGGGCAUGCCGUUUAAAUCCGACGAGGGCGCGCUGUGGCAAUCGUUGCUGAGCUCGUGCCGGAGCCACGGCGACGCGCAGCGCGGCGCGCUGGCGGCGCGGAGGGCGGCGGCGUUGGAGCCGCGCGAAUCGUCCUCAUACGUGACGCUGGCCGGCGUUCUCGAUGGGAGCUAAGAAGUUAGGGUUUUUAUGUGAGGCCUCGUCGAGUUCCUGAUUUUACCCUAAAACCACAAGUCAAUCUUCCUUUUCCAA